AUGGACUCUGCUGGCCUCAAACUGUUACAAUGUGCCAGUGUCAAGUCUAGAUCAGUCGCUUCCACAAGCUUGGUGAUUGAUCUGAUGCAAAUCAAGCCACAUGUUAUCAACUCAAGAUCCAAACUGGCUGCACAACAGUCAGUCUUGCCUACUGAUCAAGCGGUACUCAACUCUCAACCUGCCACCGUCCCCGCUCCAGCUGCUGCCAUCACCACAGUGAUUCCACCAUGUGCCACUACCAUCAAAUCAGUCAUCAUUGUGGCUGUAGUUUCAGAACCAACUGCACAUUCAUUGUGUCCAGUUGAUGAUCUCACAUCCAGUAGCACGAUCAAUCCAAUUCUAGACACUCCCAACUUACAGAUCAACACUCAAACUGAUGUUCAUUUGCCCCCUACAAAGACCCAUGACUCGUCUUCAACUGCACCCGGCCCGGUGAUCAAUAGCAAUAUAUUGGUAGUGAUUUUAUUUCCACCUACCUUCAAGCUCACACAUAUCGAUCCUACUGCUAGUCAAGUGGCUCAUACUAGCACUGAUAUAGCGGCUAGCGCUGGGAUCAAUCCAAACCCCAACAAAAUGAAUUUAUUUAUCAGCAACUCAAAUAAUAUUGUUAAUGUUAAUUCAGACUCUGAUAUCGACUUGAUUUCUACUGAUAAUGUUGAUCACGCACCUAUUGCUCAUGCUGUUGAUUGGAGAGUACCAAACUUCCAACCUGCAAACACUGUUGACUUGCUACCUGUGGUUACUUUUGACUCAACACAUGCUAUGACUGAUCUACCACCCAACAGCACAAUCAAUCAGAGCCUAGACACGCCUAAUUCAGAUGUCAAUACUUCCAAUUAUGCUGAUUGGAAGUCUGACCCUAUCAUUGACAUUGGUCCAAUUGAUCCGAUCUACAGCAUCAAUCUCACGCCAACACCUACCGUUGAUGUUAUUCAAGUACCUUCUGGUGUUGAUCUAGUCCAUCCUGAUCAACUCGGUUCUAGCUCUUCAGAACUUGCUAUAUGCUUGAACUCACUGUCAGUUCUAGUUGAAUCAACCUCAAGUGUUUCAGAUAUACCUCUGGUACAAUCUACUUCCUCUCAAUUCUCCAACUCAAUCUCAUCUUUGACCGACAUCACUCCAACUUCAAUAAACAAAAAGAAGAAGAAAAAGAAGCAAUCAACUACCAUCAAGCCUUCACCUGACUUACCUGAUCCUGAAACAAUUGUAGCCAGCUCUGCUCUAAAACUCUCAGUCUUUGACUCCACACCUUUCCCGCCAGAUUACUACUUUUUGAUUGAAAAGAGCCCACAGGGUAUUCUACUUGGCAAGGAUUGUAGUCAGGGAGUUUCUCAGCAAGAUGUUAUUUGUUAUGACCUUGAUGGUGAAUUUUGCUUUAGGCGUGAGAAUGGAGAAGCCCAUUGA